AUGCCCAGACUGCCUCUGUUCGUACCUGCCUUCCUUCUUUUUCUCUCCCUCCUCCCACCAAGAGUCUCUGCCCACUGUCAACGGUUCCACAAGUCCACUUGUGAGCAGCACACCGCCUUUGUGCCGGGACAUAAUUUGGCCGGGGAAGGGAUUGACAUAACCACGCUGCAAAGAAAGGGGGCCUACUUGGUGGACACCAGACAAUGGCUGGACUCGAACGGGACCUGUGUUCUGUGCCGGAACCCCCUGAUGGACGGGCAGCUGCAGCGACUUCCUCUGGCCGGCAUGGACUGGCGGGUAGACGUCUCGUGCCACCGUCAAGUGAGCAGUUCCAUAGAGCACUCUGAUGUGGAUGUGGCCAACGCGUUGGCCGGGGAGGUGAAGAACAACUGGAAAACGGAGCUGAAUUUGCCCAAGGAGUUGGAAUCCAUCGCCAAGGGCCAGGUGGCUUUAGUUGGGUCUCACUCUCAGAUGGUCAUUUACGUGCAUGAGAAAGCCCAACAGGACAGGUAUAUCUUCGUGAGGCACGAAGUCUCCUGUGAGUAUUACCGGCUAAGACUCUUCCCAAGGCCUGCACUGCUGUCCCCUCACUUCUCCCAUGCUGUACGGAACCUGCCGAGCAAAUACGACCCCGAGGAGUACCAGCAUUUCAUUGACACCUAUGGCACACACUACAUCAGCCAAGCCCAGCUUGGAGGGAGAGUACGCAACCUGCUGGCUGUGCGGACUUGUGGAGCCACCUUGGCAGGUUUAACAGCAUCCGACAUCAAGGACUGCCUGACCUUGGAAGCAUCUCUAGGUCCUGACUGGAUGUCCCUUUCAUUGAACAUCAAAUGCCAGGAGCUUCGGAGGAACCAAGCCAGAGGCAAGUUCAGGGAAGCCUAUGGUCAGCGGCGCACGGAGGUCGUGGGAGGGGACAGCCAGGCAGAGCUGCUGUUUGCAGAACCUGGGGAAGUCCUGCUGUUUUCAGAAUGGAUGGAGAACGUCAAAAUGAGUCCUGGUGUGGUUUCUUAUUCCCUCCUACCGGUCCAUACUUUGAUAGAUCGCGGAGACCCACGGAAGGAAGUGCUGAGGGGUGCCGUGAGGGACUACAUCGCUCAGAGGGCCCUCUGGAAGAACUGCACACAACAGUGCCCUGGCCGCAGCUACCCUAGUUCAAAAAACCCUUGCGUGUGCAUGUGUCACCCCGACGCCAUCACUGACACCAUGUGCUGCACCCGGGAACGGGGUCUUGCCCGCCUACAAGUCCACAUACAUAAGGGAUCUGGCCUGUGGGCUGACCACUUCUCUGCCACCGAUGCCUACGUCAAAGUUUUCUUCCAAGGACGAGAAAUGCGGACGAGCGUCAUCAAGAACAACAACAAUCCUUGGUGGUCGGAAACCCUGAACUUUGGGCCGGUGAAACUGACGGGCCUGGACUACAUCGAAGUCCAGAUCUGGGACAAGGAUGUCUGGCACGAUGACCUCUUGGCAACCUGUUAUGAGGGUUUGGUGACUGGGGAUAAAGUCUGGAGAAAAUGUUAUCCGGCUCAUGGACACGUAGAGUAUUACUACGAGUUAGAGUGUGGUCCCACUCUGGGUGGCAACAGCUGCCACUACUACGUUCCUCAGAAGCAACAUUAA